CUCCUAUUCUGCCUUGUUUUCAUUGAAAAAAGCAUAGGAUGGCCAACCAAAAUUAUCCGCAGACUUACUUUACAUAAAUAUCGCAAAUGUUUUUAUACGUAACGUGUUUAAUAUUUUUUAACAUGCUUUUAUAAACAGAGAUUAACAUACGUGAUUGUAAAUGAACAUCUGAAAUCGGACUUUACGUGUUUCUCAAAACUCUGGGAAGGUUUUGUUGGCCCACUGAGCUAGUUCACACAUGGGCAGCUAACUACCUGCUUGCCAUCAGAGGGUAGGGCGAACAACAUCGGGAUUUAACUUUUAGAAGCUCUUGUCGUCGUCAUGUUGAAAUCUAAAACCUUCGUUAAGAAGACGCGGUCGGGUGGGGUGAUGAAGAUAGUGCGUGAGCAUUACUUGAGAGACGAUAUCUGGUGCGGGAGCGAAGCUUGCACUGAGUGCAAACAGGACUCCACGGUGCUGCAGAAGGACGCGUGUAUUGAGAGCAAUCUCUGCUCUUAUCCUCAUUAUCUGGUCCCUGACACGAACGUGGUGCUCCAUCAGAUUGACGUGUUGGAGGAUCCUGUGAUCCGUAAUGUGAUUAUCCUACAGACUGUGCUGCAGGAGGUACGCCACCGCAGUGCACCUGUCUAUAAACGCCUGAAGGACAUCAUACAUGAGAAAGAGAAAAACUUCUACACCUUUACCAACGAACACCACAGAGAGACAUUUAUUGAACGCGAACCAGGGGAGAGCGCCAAUGACCGUAAUGACCGUGCCAUCCGUGUGGCAGCCAAGUGGUACAGCCAGCACUUGAAGACGUCUGAGUCUGGCACAGAUGGGCUCAAGGUGGUCCUCCUCACCAAUGACCAAGGGAACAAGCAGAAGGCAGAGGAGAGCGGACUGCUGGUGUACAAAUGUGAAGAGUACAUCAAGAGUCUGAUAGCGAACCCUGAGCUUGUGGAUCGUCUGGCAUUGUCCAAUUGUGACAAGAAGGAGAUCACUAGCAGUAAGGUGUUAUUCCCAGAGCACCUCCCUCUGUCCAGGAUCCAAGCAGGAAUUAAGAGUGGCUCCUUCCUCCAGGGCACCUUUAGAGCCAGCAGGGACAACUAUCUGGAAGCCACGGUCUUUGUGCAGGGAGAGGGGGAAGACAGCACAGAGGUUCUCAUCCAGGGUCUUCAGAACCUCAACAGAGCAGUGCACCAAGAUGUGGUUGCUGUGCAGCUGCUGCCGCGGGAUCAGUGGGUGGCGCCCUCCUCAGUCGUUCUGCAGGACGUAGGCACAGCAAAGGAUGAUAAUCCUGAAGAAGAGGAGGAGGAGAAAGCGCAGUUGAGGAUAUCAGCGGCCGAAGCAGCCAAGAAACCCACAGGUAAAAUAGUGGGCAUCAUCAAAAGGAACUGGAGGGCAUUUUGUGGCAUGCUCAAUGCUUCCCAGAUUAAAGAGUCAACCCGCCACCUUUUCACCCCGGCAGACCGCCGUAUCCCACGCAUUCGCAUUGAAACACGUCAGGCGUCCACACUGGCGGGCCAGAGGAUCAUGGUUGCCAUUGAUGGCUGGCCCAAAGACUCCAGAUAUCCAAAUGGUCACUUUGUGCGCAGUCUGGGCAGUGCAGGGGAGAAGGACACAGAGGAGGAGGUUCUGCUACUGGAGCAUGACGUCCCACACCAGGCCUUCUCUCAGGUUGUGCUCGGUUUCCUUCCCAAGAUGCCAUGGGCCAUCACACCAGAGGACAUGGUGAGGAGAGAGGACCUGAGGCAUCUGACAGUGUGCAGUGUGGAUCCUCCAGGAUGCACAGAUAUAGAUGAUGCUCUGCAUUGCAGAGAGCUGGAAAAUGGAAACCUUGAGGUGGGGGUCCACAUCGCUGAUGUCAGUCACUUCAUUAGACCUGGCAACGCUCUUGACAAAGAGGCUGCCAACCGUGGCACCACUGUCUACUUGUGUGGCAAGAGGAUAGACAUGGUUCCUGAGCUGCUCAGCUCCAAUCUUUGUUCUCUACGCUCCAACGUGGAGAGGCUGGCUUUCUCAUGUAUCUGGGAGAUGAACCACGAGGCUGAAAUUUUAAAGACACGGUUCACAAAAAGUGUCAUUAACUCAAAGGCAUCUCUGACCUACGCUGAGGCCCAGAUGAGAAUCGAUGACACAACCAAGAAUGACAAUAUCACCAAGAGCCUGCGGGGUCUCAACAAACUAGCCAAAAUCCUCAAGAGGCAGAGGAUAGAGAAAGGGGCAUUGACGCUGUCAUCCUUAGAGGUCCGUUUCCACAUGGACAGUGAAACCCACGACCCCAUUGACCUCCAGACCAAAGAACUCAUGGAGACGAAUUCCAUGGUGGAGGAGUUCAUGUUGCUGGCCAAUAUUUCAGUUGCCCAGAAGAUUUAUGAUGAAUUUCCAGAGUGUGCUUUACUGAGGAAACAUCCAGCGCCGCCUCCAUCUAACUACGACAUCCUGCUCAAGGCUGCAAAGUCCAAGGGUGUGGAGAUCCACACGGAUUCAGCCAAGGCACUUGCUGACUCUCUUGACGUGGCCAAAGUGGAAGGCUUCCUGUACUUUAACACGCUACUGCGCAUCUUGGCCACUCGCUGCAUGAUGCAGGCAGUCUAUUUUUGUUCUGGCAUGGACAGCAAUUUCCACCACUACGGCCUUGCCUCACCCAUUUAUACACACUUCACGUCACCUAUUAGGAGGUAUGCAGAUAUCAUAGUACACCGCCUGCUGGCAGUGGCCAUAGGAGCAGACAGCACCUACCCAGAUUUGAUGGACAAACAUAAGCAGUCCGCCCUCUGCAACAACCUCAACUACAGACAUAAAAUGUCUCAGUACGCACAGAGGGCAUCUGUGGCCUUCCACACACAGUUGUUCUUCAAGAGCCGAGGCAUACUUAACGAAGAGGGAUUUGUUCUGUUUGUGAGGAAGAACGCGAUCAUUGUACUCAUCCCAAAGUUUGGCCUGGAGGGAACAGUCUUCUUCGACACAAAAGACAAAACUAUCCCAAACCUUGUUUUUGAUGAAGAGGGUCCCACUCUGAAGGUGGAGCAGCACACCUUCCACAUAUUUGACAAUGUGAAGGUCACAAUCAGCCUAGACGACUCCAAUAUUCAGCACCAGAAGAUCCGCAUGGCUCUGAUUGACCCUGUGAUCCCUGGUGUGAGUGUUCCAGCCCCAGAUGUUGAACCAAAGGCCAAGAAACCAAAACUGGACCACUGACACAGAAAGCCACAGAGUAAUUCACCCAAACCACCAUCUGAUCUUCCAGAUCAAGAAAUCGUACAAGUCUAUAAAAGAGCCAGUUUGGACUCUGUGAUGCAUUGACACAGUUAACUGUUGUACUUUGAGCAAGUAUUCCCAUUUUAUUACAUUUGCCACAGUGAAACCACUCUUCUCUUAUACUUAUUUUAUAUGACUUAAAACACAUGUUGAUACAGAGACAAAGACAGGUUCAAGUCAUAAAUGCAGUAUAACUUGUCAAAUAAGAGUGAAGCAGGCAACUCAAUCAUCGUUUUUUUUU